AUGGGGGUGGAUUACAUGGAAACAUUUUCACCUGUGGCCAGAAUGACCACCAUCAAGACCUUUCUAGCCAUAGCAGCUACUAAAGGAUGGGAUGUCCAACAGCUUGACAUCAACAAUGCUUUCUUGCAUGGUGAUUUGUAUGAGGAGGUCUAUAUGAAUCUACCUCCAGGGUUUAAGGGUGGUAAGCCUAAUCAGGUCUGUAAGCUGUUAAAAUCUCUGUAUGGUUUGAGGCAAGCCAGUAGACAGUGGAAUUCCAAGCUCACAAAGUCUUUAGAAGCAGAUGAUGACAUACUUGUGGAAGGCACAGAUUCUGGUGAGAUAAGAAGGAUCAAAGGUAUGCUAAACACUCUCUACAAAAUAAAGGAUCUUGGACAGCUCAACUACUUCUUGGGGAUUGAAGCCCUUAGAACUCCCAGUGGUAUUAACCUAUGCCAAAGAAAGUACACUCUAGAGAUACUGCAAGAAAAUGGCUUUUUAGAUGCCAAACUAGCAAAGACACCUUGCACACCAGGAUCAAAAGUCACCAGUUCUGAAGGAAUUCUGAUUGACAAUCCAGAGUCCUAUAGGAGGUUAGUUGGAAAGCUACUAUACCUAACAAAUACAAGGCCUGGCAUAUCUUAUUCUGUACAGCAGCUCAGUCAAUAUGUUGAUAAACCAAGAGACACUCAUCUUGUUGCAGCACAUAGACUGCUAAGAUACCUUAAGGGUUCACCUAGAAAGGUUCUGUAUUACUCUUCUAACUCUGAGCUGAAAUUGCAAGGUUUUUGUGACUCAGACUGGGCCACUUGUGCUGAAACAAGGAAGUCCAUAACAGGUUUCUGUGUUUUCCUUGGAGACUCUCUCAUAUCUUGGAAGACAAAGAAACAAGCUACCAUUUCCAGGUCAUCUUCUGAAGCAGAGUACAAGGCCUUAGCCACCACUGUCUGUGAAAUUCAGCGGCUCCUUUAUCUUUUAGCAGAUUUGAAAGUCAAUAAGAACACAACUAUACCUCUAUUCUGUGAUAAUAAGUCUGCAGUGGCUAUUGGAGGAAAUCAUGUUUUCCAUGAGCGUACUAAACAUAUUGAAAUUGACUUCCAUGUUGUUAGACAAAAGGUACAUGAAGGAGUGAUUAAAUUGAUGCAUAUUCCUUCUCACAAACAGAUUGCAGAUGGCCUCACUAAGGCUCUACCUAUUACCCUAUUUGAGGUUUUCCAUUCUAAGCUGGGACUUCAGGACCUUCACUCUCCAGCUUAA